AUGGCUUAUGACCGCUAUGUGGCUAUUUGCCAACCUCUUCAUUAUGGAGGCAUCAUGAGCAAUAAGUUUUGUAUCCAACUUAUUUUAGCAUGCUGGUCUAUCAGUGCCUUGUCUGUCACAAUACCAGCAGCUUCUGUGUCAAAGCUUAAUUUUUGUGGACCCAAUAAAAUUGACCAUUUCUUUUGUGAACUUAUUCCACUAUUAAAACUUUCCUGUACAGACACCUACGUUACCGAAUUUAUUUUUAACUGUCUCUCUUGGGCUAUAAUUCUUGGCUGUUUAAUCUGCAUUUCCAUUUCUUACACUAAUAUUAUUUCCACUGUCAUAAGUAUCCCUUCCAGCAUAGGGAAAAGAAAAGCAUUCUCUACCUGCAUCUCUCACCUCACUGUGGUUGGGAUAUUUUAUGGCACAGUCAUUUUCAUAUACCUGAGGCCAACAGUGAAUGCCCCAUUUCAUCAAAAUAAAGUUGUUUCCAUAUUUUACAUUGUGGUGACUCCAAUGCUAAAUCCUAUCAUUUACAGCUUCAAGAAUGAAUCACUAAGGAAAGCUGCUGUUACCUUGAUUGAAAAAAUGUUAUCACAGACUCUUGCAAGGAAGCAGUUAUGA